AUGAUGGAAAUUAUGAAAGGGUUCCCAUUUUUCACCAUCUUUUGCAUUGGUUUGCUAAGGUUUAGUGAACCUGUAGCUUUCUGUUCCUUAUUUCCUUAUAUAUAUCGAUACAUCAAACAAUUUGGCGUACCUGAUGAGUCAGUUGCAAUUUAUUCUGGAUAUUUGAGUUCUAUCUUCCCGUUAACUCAAUUCUUUUUCUCAGUUCCUUUGGGACACAUAUCAGAUAGAUACGGAUAUAAGCCUGUGGUGAUAUUUGGCUUGUUGGGAACGGCAUUUGCUAUGUUGAUCUUUGGUUUUGCCGGUAGUUAUAAAGUCGCUUUUAUCGCUAGAAUGUUAAUGGGAGCAGUUAAUAGUAAUGUAGCCAUAUUGAGAACCAUGAUUGGAAGUGUGGUGAAAGACAGAAACCACCAAGCGAUUGCCUUUUUGAUUAUUCCUUUGUUGUAUAAUGUUGGGUCGGUCAUUGGCCCUAUGAUUGGUGGUUCACCAUUACUCGUUCCAAGUGGUUCACUUCCAGAAGACCCAUCUUCGUAUCAAGAGUUUAUACAUCAACAUCCAUUUGCCAUGCCCAACAUAGUGGUGGCAAUAUUCAUUUUGUUAUCUACGACAAUUGGUAUUUUAUUUAUAAAAGAAACAAAUCCAAGGGCGACUUAUAGAGAUUAUGGUUCUGAACUUGGUGAUAUGAUAUUGAAAAAGCUUGGUUUCGACCCUGAAAUUAAAACCUCUGAUUUGAAUUCAGAUACAACACAAAUUGAAGGGUUGGAAACCGAAGAAAGUCCUUUGAUACGAGAUGUUUUUGAGUCGAUAGAGAGUGACGAAGACAGCGAUGAUUCUGCAUCUGUGGGACCUAUGUCACCAAGGAUUGCCAAUAUGGUAAGACGCUAUUCGGAACAUUCAUCGAUACGAGAAAUAUCUACCAACUAUCAAAUCUUGACUCCGCCAGUUAUUCAUUCAAUUUUUGCAAAUUUGAUUUUGUUUUUCCAUUUGACUAUUCAGGCAGAAUUUUUUCCAGUUUUCUUAGCUGGACCUAAACCAAAAAUGUUGAAAUUCCCAUUCACAAUGUCUGGUGGAUUUGACUUAUCAAUAACGGAAAUUGGAAAUAUUUUAGCUUUGACAGGUUUUUCAGGUAUAGCAACUAUGUUAUUCUUCCCAGUUCUUGACAGAUAUUUCAAGAGUUCUAUAAUCUAUCAAGUGUCAAUUUUGCCUUUACCUUUGAUAUUCUUUUCCAUACCUUUUGUAAUGUUCACGAUCCCAGAAUAUUCACAUUACUCAAGUAAAGUUCAUAUAUAUUUGCUUUACAGUUUAAGUAUAUUAUAUGAACUCCUUAUUUGCAUAGCCAUUCCAGUAAUUGCAUUGAUGAUCCAUAGAGUUGCACCACCAAAGCAUAAGGGGUUGGUAAAUUCUAUAGCCUUGAGUAUGAGUUCGUUGGCCAGAUCAAUGGGCCCUAUGGUAUGGGGUUAUCUUAUGAGUUAUUUUGACAGCAUCAAUUUUGGAGGGGGAUCUUGGUUCAUUUUGAGUGGAAUCUGUCUUAUCGCUGUUGUACAGAGUUUCUUCUUAAUUGACCAUGAAGAACAUGAAGAAUAA